AGCCUUGGGCGCAAGCGCAGUGCUAAAUAGCGGUGGAUUUUGGGGGCGUGGCGAGAGAGAAACACGAAGGGUUGGGGGUGAAAUCGGCCGAGUUUUCCUGUUUGGAGCAUCGGCCGAUCGCGGCGAGAGAGGAAGGAAGUCUUGCGGGUGGUGCCAUGGCGACCACCGUUACUACACAGCGGGGCCCGGUAUAUAUUGGUGAACUUCCUCAAGAUUUCCUUCGUAUCACCCCAACGCAGCAGCAACAACAAAUCCAAUUAGAUGCUCAGGCAGCUCAGCAAUUACAAUAUGGAGGAGCUAUGGGUACUGUUGGGAGACUGAGUAUCACCGUAGUGCAGGCAAAAUUGGCAAAAAACUAUGGCAUGACUCGCAUGGAUCCAUACUGCAGAAUACGACUUGGGUAUGCUGUCUAUGAAACACCCACUGCUCAUAAUGGAGCCAAAAAUCCUCGAUGGAACAAAGUUAUUCAGUGCACUGUCCCUCCUGGGGUAGAUUCUUUCUAUCUUGAGAUAUUUGAUGAGAGAGCUUUUUCAAUAGAUGAUCGCAUUGCUUGGACCCAUAUUACUAUUCCUGAGUCUCUGAAACAAGGAAAAGUAGAAGAUGAAUGGUAUAGCCUGAGUGGAAGGCAGGGAGAUGACAAAGAAGGAAUGAUUAACCUGGUCAUGUCCUACACGUCUUUACCAGCUGCUAUGAUGAUGCAGCCCCAGCCAGUGGUCCUGAUGCCAACAGUAUAUCAGCAAGGAGUUGGAUAUGUACCUAUUACAGGGAUGCCUGCUGUUUGUAAUCCAGGCAUGGUACCUGUGGCAGUUCCACCACCUGCAGUCAACCCUCAACAUGUUUGUAAUGAAGAGGAUCUAAAAUCUAUCCAGGACAUGUUCCCCAACAUGGACAGAGAAGUAAUCCGUUCAGUACUAGAAGCUCAGAGGGGGAACAAGGAUGCUGCUAUCAAUUCCUUGCUUCAAAUUGCAGAAGAGGCUUAGAUCAUUCUCAUACUGCCCUUCAUCGUUGUUACCUUUAAUUUUGAUUUGCCAAGCCAGGAAUUUAGUUAGGGAAAAAAAAAUGCCCGAGCAAGCAACCUAUCUGAGAGGCUGUGAUCCAUUUUUGUCAUUGGCAGUCAUUGGAAUAUUGGUUUUUACAGAUAACCUUAACAGAAAUCUCAGCCAUUUUACAGCUGUUACUUCUACCCUGUCCUCAUUUCUGAUGAAAGGUAGUGUUGAAAUACCUCUGCCAAUUCCCCUCCCCCUUUUUUUGUUUGCUUUACAAAUCCAACAAAGUUCCUCCUCCACUUGUAUGCAUUAUGCAUUUGGAAGUCCUGGAGUAGGGUGAGUAUCAGUUGAGGGAUGUGGGAGACCGCUCUUUUAUUAAAAGCAAUCUGUGUCUCAAGCAAUCCUUUCUGUGAGACAAAAAGCAAUCACACAGCGCCUUUUGGCUUGUUUAGUGAUAUUUGAACAUUAAGGCAGUUUGUAAUACUUCCUACUAUAGGGAUACUAGCUUUGUUGCAACUUUUCACAGUUUUGCUAACAAGAGAUCACUUUUCAGUACUAAUUGGGCACCAAUGCAAUGUAUUUUAAAAUUAAUUUUUAAUUUGCUUCAUGAAGUGCUGCUGUGCUUCUGAAUUUACAAUCAGUAAGUUCAUCGUUUUGCAAGACACAGAAGCAUACAGGUAGUUCUUGGGUUAUGAGCAUUUCUUCAGCAACCAUUCAAAAUUAUGACAGAGUUGAAUAAGGGGGACUUAUGAUGGGUCCUUGAAGUUGUGGCUGUCGCAGCAUUCUGCAGUCACGUCAUCACCAGCUUCCCACAAGCAAAGUCUGGGGAAACUGGUAGGAGAUCACAAGUUACUCUUGCAAGUUGUUUCUGCUGCCACCACUUUUUCUCCUGAGGAGCUCCUGGGCUCAUGAAGAUCUUACACUCUGUAUCCCACAGCACCCACCCACCUACCUGCAUUCCAUAGUACGUGCCCAGAUCACCUGCCAACCUGCACUCUGUAGUGCCCACCCAUUCAACCAGCCUGCCCAUAGCUUUUGCCCUUUGCCUGCCUGCUUGGGAUGCCAUUUCAGUGCCUCUUUCCACAUCAUGGUCAUGUGAGAUCCUUGCUUACCAGCUGGAAUUGCUGUUGCUAAGUGAUGCGGUCACAUGUGUCAUAUUUUAUGACCAUAUUGCUUAAUGGCACAAUUGCUAUCGUAACCUGAGGACUACAUGUAUGCCAGAAGGGGACAGAAAUCUUCCUGAUGUGUUUUUAUGCUUGUUUGCUCCUAUAUUUGUGAGAAACUCAUAAAACUGAAGCAGUGGAAUGUUAUACUGUAGAAAUUCAGCAUUACCAAUGUAAUAUACUUCCUUGCGAUAAACAAUAAUGGUUGAAAAGAAACAUACCUUGUACGGAUGAAAUCUGACCCUUUUUUUCCCGUUUGACAAUUGAUUUUAAGGUAUAACAUUUCAGUGGAAUAUUCACUGUUGUAAGGUUUCAUAAGAUUCCAUUUAACCUUAAUUCUAUUAAAGGUGAAACAUAUGAAAAAAAUUCAUUGCCACAAAUGAAGACAUGCCACAUUUAGAGUACAAUCCCAAUAUACAGAAGCUGUACAUAAUAAUUUUCUAUUAGAGUUGUAGAUCUGUUGGAGGUAACAAAGUUUAUAUUUGUUUAAAGUUGGAAAAAGUGAAACAAUGCACUUUAAUAGACACAUUUUACUUGCUAUUUGAGUUUUUUUAUUGUUUUAAACGUUUUAAAAUGCUGUCUAUAAUUGCCAGACAAUUUUUUAUUUCCUAAAGUGUUUGAAGACAAUAAGGCAUCAAGGUGACCAUGAUUUUUAUUGCUUUGAAAGAAGGAAAAACCUCAUUAUUUCCUGCUUUUUUCUCUCUAAUAGAAAAGAUCUAUUAGAAAUGCUUUAUUGUAUCAUCAUAAAACUCCUGGCAGAGCUAGCUAUAGUUAAAAUAUUUAUUUUUUUAAUUGUUAAAAUAUAUUGAGAAAAUAAUUUUAAAUACCGUAUCAGAUCCAUUUAUUGCUUUGUUUAAAUUCUAGCUAUUUUACUCUCAUAAGUUUAAUGGAUUAGUAUUUGUGAAUGCUAAAUCCAUCAUUUCCUCUUCUGUUGCUUUUUACAUGAAAUAAGUGCUUUUCAGAAGCUCCAGAAGAGGUAUGUGUCCAUCUAAAAAUCAACUGUGUUUCUUUCGCCAUAGUUUGCAGUACUGUCAGAUUAAUGUUACAGUUAAUGUCAGUCAUAUAUCAGUAAUACAUUGGUGAAUUCUUGUGAAUUUGUUUAGCUAAGACCCUUAAGAUAUUUUAUUAAUUAGAAGCAAGGAGCCAAAAAUCUGGAAUACACCAUAAUACUAUCCCAGUGGAAUAACGUGAGCUGCAUAAUAUGGCUAUGUAGAUUUUUCAGUGAUGCUUCACUUGUGAAUGAAGUGUCUUUUUGGAUCAGGAGGUGACAAGCUAUGAAGUAGCUUCAGGUGAAGCUUUGACACAGUUACUUCAUGUACCUUCUAAAAAGUCUUGUGUUUGCAUUUUGAGAUGCAUUUCUGUACAGAUAGUUGGCUUCUGGAUAUUUAUUGAGCCUCGAAGACUGCUGCUUUUUUAUGUAUGCACGGUGCACGUCCAGAGAGAUUUCUGAAGAGUCUUCAUAACUCUAUUGCAAAAUCCAAGGAAAGUUUAGACCUGUUUCUAGAUGUUUGCGUUUACUCAGAGAUAGACAGUGAGGAAGGUUCUAAAGAGCAUGUCUUUAAUUGUAUUCUUGCUCUUUUUGAAAUUAAACCCAUUCAGAUAGAUCCAAUGAGUUGUUUGGUUUUCGUGCUAAUAUGGCUAUUCACUGAAAUCUGAUCAGCAUUUUUCCACUGACAAGGAUAUUUUUAGAAGGAUUUUUAGAAGAAUCCCUCUCAUUUUUCCAGAGUACUUAUUUGGAAGGGGUAGGGAAGGAAGCUGGCAAAGACCCUGGCUCUCACUUUGCCAUUCAGCCAGUUGGGAAGCUCUGCUGGAUGAACAGCUUUCCAAUGACAGAGUUGUCCAUUCUCAAAAGAGGAGGAUGCAAGCUCUGUUACAAUUACAGCCAUGUUUUUGUGUCCAUUCCUGGAUGUACUUUGAUUCUAUAAACAAAAUUGGAAAUGCUUCCCAUGGAUUUCAGUGAAAUUUGCGAAGUUGGGAUACAGAUUUCUGAGGUAUAGAGCUGAAAUGCACCGGUUAUCUACCACUUAAAGUAAAUGCUAGGCAGCAUACAACUCUUCCUUGCAUUUUUCAUUAUGUUCUUUGUGACAGCAGUUUGUUGCACAAUCCACAGCAUUUCUUCACAGCUGUGUUAAAGCUGUGUUAAAAGUCUGAUGUGCAUUGACAGUAGCUUUAAACUUACCAAGAAUCCAAGACUAGUUAAAUUCAGGAACAUUUUGCCUAGCUAGAUGCUUGCCACCUUUUAUUCAAUUCUGUCUGACUAUGUGCUGAUGAUUCUAAGCGUUUCCCUUUCUAGAUAUUAUUGCCUGUGUUGGCUGACCUGUAAUGCUGUACUGAGGGUGUUUUGCUGUAAUUCUGAAAACAUUUCUUUAUUACUCUUAUUCAUAUUCAGCUGUUUGCAUUAUACAACUUAUUUCCCAUUCUAUCUAAUUUAAUAAAUGUAUAUCAAAUAA